AUGUACAAAUCACUGGUUGUGCUAUGUGUGUUUUACUGUGUUGUAAUAGAGGCAUUCCCCAGUUGGCAGUACCUCCGACCAGUCCCAGGACAAGUGCCAGUCUACAUUAGGAUAGGGGACACACCGCUGGAGGAGAUCAACCCUGAAUUGGCAGAGGCCUUCCAUGAGCUGCCCGUGGGCCGAAGCGCGGGUAAAGAACUCGAUGCGUCUCCUGAAGUACCCGAACAAGCCGACCAGCCACAACUCAAUGACGAUAUUCCCGCCAACGCGGACCAAAUCGUAGACCAUCGCCCUUACGAAAAGAAACUUCUCGAAAAGAAAAAGAAAGUCAGUUCCGAUGUUCUGAAACCGAUCGAACGUAGAUAA